AUGUAUGUAAACCACUGGCACAUUUCCAUUACUAUUGGUCGGGAGAUGAUGCAGGAUAAGGCAGAUGACCGGUAUGAUCGACAACCACGAGCCAUUGGGGCGACCAUGUUGUCGGAGUCAACCGCUGAUCUGGGAAUGGGAUUGCAUGUUGACGAGCCAAUAGCUCUAGAUUCCAAUGCUGGUGGUUGA